AGAUUGCUUUUGCCUGCAGCGGCCCCUUUGAGAGUGCGAAAGCGCCCUUAAAGGGGCCGCGCCCCCAUUCCUCCCGCCCUGCCUCUUGCCCACCAUGUGGCGCUCGGCAGGCUUCUGCGCGGGUGCGUCCUUGACCCGCCUCGCCGUCCGAAGGGCGGCCGCCACAGUGACGGUGACCCCCGCGGAGGGAUUGGCGGACCGGCCUGCGGAGAUCCAAGUGCGGGGCCUGCCUCCCGGGCAGGAGGUCACCCUCCGGGCGCUGGCAACGGACGAGCAGGGCUCCCUCUUCGACGCCUGCGCCCACUACCGCGCGGAUGCGGGGGGCGCGGUGGACGUGGGCGCGGAGGCCUCCCUGGGCGGGGACUUCGUGGGCCGCGAACCCAUGGGCCUCUUCUGGAGCCUCUCCCCGGCGGCCAUGGAGCAGCCCCACCGGCGCCUGGAGCCCCGGAGCGCGGAGGCGGCGCUGGAGGUGGAAGUCUCCGUGCACCGCGGGUUCAGCGGCCCUGGAGAGAUUCCCGGGCAAGUGCUGGCCAAGGCCCGCGCGGAAAGGCGCUUCACCCUUCCCGGGAUCAGGAAGGUCCGGCUGAAGGAGGGGCCUGUGCGGGGAUCCCUCUUCCUCCCGGCAGGAAAUGGCCCCUUUCCAGGAGUGAUAGAUAUGUUUGGUGAUGAAGGCGGGUUAAUUGAAUUCCGAUCCAGCCUUCUGGCCACACAUGGCUUUGCUGCUCUUGCCUUGCCAUAUUUUAAUUUUGAGGAUCUCCCUCAAGUCAUGGGCGAUUUCCAUCUUGAGUAUUUUGAACAGGCGGCCAGGUUUCUGCUGCGCCAUCCAAAGGUUAAAGGCUCAGGAAUUGGUGCUGUUGGAACUGGAAAAGGAGCAGAACUGGCCUCUUCAAUGAUGACCUUCCUGCCAGAAGUAGUGGCUGCUGUCUGCAUUUCUGGUUGCAGCUCCAUCACUGCCAGUGCCCUUCAUUAUGGUGAAAUGACUCUGCCUGGACUUCGCUUUAACAUGAGCAGGGUCAGUAUUUCUGAGAACGGGGUGUUUGACAUGUAUGAAGCUUUAGAAGACCCAAUGGACCCAGCCAAUUCACACUGCCGAAUACCUGUGGAAAAAGCAGACGGCCACUUCCUUUUUGUGGUAGGAGAGGAUGACCGCUAUUGGAAGAGCUCUUUGUAUGCAGACAUAGCUAUUGGAUGCCUACGCAAGCAUGGGAAAGACAACUUUAGACUCUUGCAUUACUCUGGAGCAGGUCAUCGCAUCAAUCCAUCUUUUUCCCCUGUUUGUCUGAUAGCUUUAGACCGUAUUCUAGGGGUGCCCAUUUUAGGGGGUGGCGAGAGCAAAGCGCAUGCCCAUGCCCAAGAACAUUCUUGGGGGAAGAUACUCGAGUUUCUGCACUUCCACUUGAGAUAAGUAACUUUCAGUAUUUAUACAUUGGACAAGGUGCUAUAGGCUACCUUAGAAGUGUCUCAGGGACUAAAAAAACAAACAUAUACAUGUAUAUACAUAGAGUGGGGGGGAGGGGGAAAUAAACAAAUAUAACUUGGAGAACCGGGAUAAACUGUAAUGAUGCAAGUAUGUAAGUGGCAUACGAAUGGGUGUUUUCCAGUUUGGAUAUUAUCGAAGAAUAGGGCUUGAUUGUAAUAACUGACCAUCUCCUAAAAGAUUGCUCCAGCAAGCUAUAGUACCGAAGUGUUCAGUUUGUUUUUUUAGCACAAGCUGCAAAAAUGGCAGAGAGAUGGAUUCUUUGUCAUUUGGCAAUCACAUAUUCAGAAUAACAUUAACUAGAAAUUUUAUUUCUGGAACAUGCCAAUCUUCAUCAAACACAGCUGGUUUCAGCACUUUAAAAAGGAACUGCAGGGCUGGGCAGAAAGAGAACAGAGUCACAUGUAGUUUUGAUCCUCUACCAGUCGUUUUUAAAAAGAAAACUUUCACUGAUUGACUCCCUAAGAUUACAAAGAGUUAUUGCUCUGUAUUUGUAUUUCUGGUGACAGCACUGAAAGUAAGACUAACAAGCAGUACAUUUUAAUACUUAAAAGUGCCAAUAAAGAUUCCUUAAAGACUAUAUGCCCUUAAUUUUAAACACAAUUUCUGCCCCAUUUUAUUCAGUCCUCAAUAUCAUUGGACUCUUCAGAAACGGCAAAAUCAUUCCUGUUCUCAAAUUGCUUCUUGGAAUUUGUUUUCAUUGCAUGUGCACAUACAUUAAAGAUAGAUGUGGAAAGAAAAAUAAAUAGAAAAAAACAUAUGUUUUUUUUUUAAUUUCCCUUCUGCCCUACCAUUGCCCCUAAUCUACCAGAUGGGCAUUUUGAACAGAUUGCAUUAAUUUAUUUUUCUGGAGGAAAGAAGUUUGAGAUGGAUUUAACAGUUGAAUAAAUGAAAUAAACCACAUCCUUGAGUGAGUUUGUAACAUAUCAAAGUUAGAAUAUACAGGUUUAUGUGUUUAUAGUUUUUCAUUAAAGAAAAUACUGUUUUUUUUUCAUCUGUGUGGUCAGUGGUUCAAUAUUGCAAUGACUGGGCAAAAAUAGCAUUAUUUACUGUUGAGUUGACCUCAGCUUAUGGUAGCUAUGUCUUUUAUUGAAUCAAUUUGUCUCUGGGACAUGAGAGAAACCUCCCACAGGAUGCUAAAACAUCAGGGAGUCCCCUGGACAACGUUCUUGCAGACUGCCAAUUCUCUCACACCAGAAGCGACUUCCAGUUUCUCAAGGCACUCCUGACACGAAUCUUUUUUGUCUCUAAUAUGGUCUUCCUCAUUUCCUAUUUCCUUCCACUUUCCUGAGCAUUAUGAUAUUUUGCAGUCAUGUCAUCUGAUGAUGCACUUCUAGGGAAUGGUGAGACCUACUCUUACAACCAUUGAUUAAGCUUUUGUUAAUAUAUAGCAUCUACAGAAUUCUCUCCGGCAUCAUGUUUCAGCCAUAUUUUGGGCUAAGGUUGAAUCACAUUAUUUUAUGGCAUUUAGAUAUGUCAAAUAUUUAUUUGUAUUUUUUCUCUUAACAUUUAUUUUUAUGUUAUUGAGACAACGUUGAGACCAGCUGCCAGACACAUUAAUCUAAGGUAGUGAAGGAGUCCCCUGACAUUAAGUCUAGUCAUGUCCAACUCGGGGGGGAUGGUGCUCAUCUCAAUUUCUAAGCCAAAGAGCCAGCGUUGUCCGUAGACACCUCCAAGAUCAUGUGGCUGGCAUGACUGCAUGGAGAGCCAUUACCUUCCCACCGGAGCGGUACCUAUUGAUCUAUUCACAUUUGAAUGUUUUAGAACUGCUAGGUUGGCAGCAGCUGGGACCAACAGUAGGAGCUCAUCCCACUCCCUGGAUUCAAACCACCGACUUUUCGGUCAGCAAGUUCAGCAGCUCAGUGGUGUAAUCUGCUGUGCCACAGGGAGCUCCUUACAUUAAUCUAAAAGGGCUGAAAUCUCGGGACUCAGCCUAACCGGAAGUCGGGCAUACACGACGACGGCCUCCCCCGUACCUCUAUGGUACUUCCGGGAGAGAGGCCCCUCUGUUUCCAGGUGAGCCUCUAUGGUGCAGCUGUGGAUUCCGCUCGCCGCCUUCCCCUCAGGUGAGCAUGCGCGCGGGCUGAGCGUGCCCUAGCAACAGAAAGCGGGAGGCGAUAGCAACCAGGAUGAGGCGAAUGGGAAGAUACUCAUUUGAAGAGAGAACUUAAUGUUAUUGCAUCUUAUCAUCCGGGAGUGAUCUGACUGCUAGAAGUCAUCUUCGAUAGAAUGGCAAAGGCAACAACUAUUAAGGAAGCUCUAGCCAGAUGGG